AGGUGAGCCGGGCACCAAUCACACAGCUUCGAAAGCGCUCACGAGAUCGCUGAAUCACGGGCGCGUCACCGAAGCCAUCUCCACACGCUUGCUGCGGCUCCAGGCCGUCAGAUGUCGCCUGGUUAGCGUGGUCCGAUGGCAUGUGAAAGCCCUCGACCUCCGUUACAAGCUAUUAAUCCUCGGCAUCCGGCAUUGUUCUCUCUGUAACACCUUUUUGUAGGAGUGCACCCUCUUUUUCUUUCCUUCAAUCUUCUGUUCAUUGCAUCACAGCAGCCAUGUCGCAGCGAUUCUCUACCGCCGAUGUUGCGUCGCACAACAAGGUCGACAACCUCUGGAUCAUUGUUGAUGAGGAUGUGUACGACUUGACCAAGUUCCAAGAUGAUCAUCCCGGCGGAAAGAAGAUUCUGCAACGUGUCGCAGGCAAGGACGCAUCGAAGCAGUUCUGGAAGUACCAUAACGAGAGCAUCCUCAAGAAGUACCAGAAACAACUUCAAGUUGGGUCAUUGGACUCCAAAGCGGCACCUCCAACUCCGCCAGCGACUCCUCCGCCGCAAGAAAAGGAGCUAGUCAAGCCGGAAGCGAACUCAGGCGUUGUUGCUCCUCAGCCAACUGCAGAGGCCGAAGAAGCCGAGGCGUUGGACCCCUACGGCGACCUCAUCCCAUACGCUGAUCCUUCAUGGUACCAGUCGUACCAUUCGCCCUACUUCAAUGAAUCCCAUGCAGCGCUCCGCGAUGAAGUCCGACAAUGGGUGGACGAGAUGAUUCAACCCAACGUGACCGAAUGGGACGAGGCGAAAAAAGUGCCAGAUGAGAUAUACAAGCAAAUGGGCGACCGCGGCUAUCUUGCCGGUCUGCUCGGCAUGCACUUCCCCACACAUUUGACGGACAAGCGCGUAAAGAGCGUUGCCCCAGAAAAGUGGGAUCUAUUCCACGAGAUGCUACUAACCGACGAGCUCUCGCGCAGCGGCAGUGGUGGUCUCGUCUGGAACCUCAUCGGUGGAUACGGCAUCGGUGCUCCGCCACUGUUCAAGUUCGGAAAGAAGGAGCUUGUUCAACGCAUUGGCCCUAAGAUUCUCAGCGGUGAAAAACGCAUCUGUCUUGCCAUUACUGAACCCGAUGCUGGUAGCGACGUUGCGAAUCUCGGCUGCGAAGCCAAACUUUCCGAAGACGGUAAAUACUACAUUGUCAACGGCGAGAAGAAGUGGAUUACAAACGGUAUCUGGUGCGACUACUUUACCACUGCUGUGCGAACAAGCGACAAGGGCAUGAAUGGAGUCUCUGUGCUGCUCAUCGAGCGCGAGGCUGGCGGUGUAUCAACGCGACGAAUGGACUGCCAGGGAGUGUGGUCCAGCGGUACUACGUACAUCACAUUUGAGGACGUCAAGGUGCCUGUCGAAAACUUGAUUGGCAAAGAAAACCAAGGCUUCAAGGUCGUCAUGACCAACUUCAACCACGAGCGCAUUGGUAUCAUCAUCCAAUGUCUCCGUUUCUCCCGCGUCUGCUACGAAGAAUCGAUCAAAUAUGCGCACAAGCGAAAGACCUUUGGCAAGCGCCUCAUCGACCACCCUGUCAUCCGUCUCAAGCUCGCCCACAUGGCUCGCCAAAUCGAAGCCUCCUACAACUGGCUAGAGAACCUCAUCUUCCAGUGCGAGAAGAUGGGUGAGAUGGAGGCCAUGUUGAAGCUCGGUGGUGCCAUUGCCAGUUUGAAGGCCCAGAGCACAACAACCUUCGAAUUCUGCGCAAGAGAAGCAAGUCAAAUCUUUGGCGGGCUGAGCUACAGCCGAGGAGGCCAAGGUGCAAAGGUCGAGAGGUUAUACAGAGACGUGAGGGCAUACGCUAUUCCUGGUGGUAGCGAGGAGAUUAUGCUUGACUUGAGCAUCAGGCAAGCAUUGAGGGUACACAAGGCGCUUGGCAUGAAGUUGUAGGAUGUAUUAUAUCUGUGUAUGUAAAAGACUGAGUUCUCAAAAACAUUGAAC